UCGACCGCAGCUAUCUCCGUGUGUUGACCGCCUCAUCGAUACUUUACCACCCAAUAAGGUAUCGACAUUCACAUUUAAUACAUGACCGACAUGUUAUUCUAAAAAACCUAAACGAAUUGCCUUUCGUCCAAGCAAUUGUUGGUGAGGAGAGGAAGAAGACUCAGGGCUUGGCCGACUUAAAAAAAGCACCUUAUCGCCGAAGAUACUCUUCCUAUAUAAUGACUCUUCUCAACCUUAGAAACAGCUUCUUCUUCCUCAUCGCCGUGGCUUAGGGUUUUCUUCUCUAUAAAAGCUCAUCAAUCUUCUCUAAUCGAUAGCUUUUUGCAGAAAACCCUUUGCCGCCUCUGCGAUCGAAUCUGAACAUAUCAUCAGGAACUUUCUUGCCGACGGCGGGGAGUAAAAGACGGUGGCGUUUCGUCUCUGAUUGUGUUUUUAUUUCUAUGACAAAGAAGAUGAACACACUUGUAUCUACCCAUCAGAAUCUAACUGUUACCGUUGGUGCUCUUUAAAUGCUGUGGGCAAGGCACUAUCUUUAGGACUGACAGCGAGUUGUUAGAGUUUCAGUUGACUUUUUCUUUCAAGGUUAUAGGUUUAGCAUUGUUAAUAGCUAGUUAUGGAAACGAAGAUCGUCAAGGUGUUGGAUAGUAGGCGCGAAGAUGGUUUCGGUAAAAAGAGGAAACGCGCAGCAGCAAGCUACGCUGCGUAUGUUACUGGCGUUUCGUGUGCAAAGCUGCAAGAUGUUCCCCCACAGAGCCAAGUUGCCGCCGACAAAAGAAGGAAAUUGGAAGGUGCUUACGAGAACAAUCUAUCUGGGAAGUCGCUUCUCAGAUACUACUCUUAUUUUAAGAAGACCGGAGUCGCAAAGCGUGUUAUGAUCUACGAGAAGGGUGACUGGAAUGAUUUGCCUGAUCAUGUUGUAUGUGCCAUCCGAAAUGAGUUAAACGAAAAGAGGGCUGCGAUUGAGUUCGAGUGGUGCGGUCAUCAUUUUCUUUUGGAUUUCUUGCACAUGCAUAGGCUAGAUUUGGAAACUGGAGCGAAGACUCCGCUUGCGUGGAUUGACAUUGGAGGCAAAUGUUUUUUCCCUGAAAUUUACGAGAGUGAUGAAAGGAACGAUUGCUGCAAUCACAACUGCGUGGAAUAUUCGAAACGGUAUGCUCCGCAUGAGAUCAACUUGCGCCUCGAGAUUGAUGUGGAUGCUGGGGAGCCGAGGUUGAAUUUGGAGGAGUGCAGUGAUGAAUCUGGUGACAGUAUGGAUGAUGAUGAUCCAGCCGAGGAUAGCUGCAGCCGCGGGAUUGAAGCUGAUGUUUCGAAAUGGGAUGAGACGGAUGAUGCUAUAGCAGUCUCUGGUAUCAAGCCUGCUGGAGCCGAAGGACUUGAUAAAGAUGCAGUGAAAAAGAUGUUUACAAUGGGUACAGCUUCUCUAGGGCAUGUAGCCGUGCUGGAUGUGGGCCGUUUUUCAAGUGAGAUUGCUGAAGCUCGCCUAGAGCUUUUCCAUAAGCAGGUUGAGAUCACCAAGAAACAUCGAGGGGACGCAAACGUUAGAUACGCAUGGCUUCCUGCAAAGAGGGAAGUUCUAUCUGGGAUUAUGAUGCAAGGACUUGGAGUUGGGGGAGCAUUUAUUAGAAAGUCCGUCUAUGGUGUUGGGAUACAUUUAACUGCUGCAGACUGCCCUUACUUCAGUGCGAGGUACUGUGAUAGUGACGAAAAUGGAGUACGGUACAUGGUUUUGUGCCGUGUAAUAAUGGGGAACAUGGAGCUUCUUCGUGGUGAUAAGCAGUUUUUCUCUGGUGGAGAAGAGUAUGACAAUGGAGUUGAUGAUGUGGAGAAUCCGAAAAAUUACAUUGUCUGGAACAUCAAUAUGAAUACCCAUAUAUUCCCUGAAUUUGUUGUUAGGUUCAAGCUGUCUGUUCCCCACAAUGCUGAAGGUAAUUUGGUUGCUAGGAAUGAUAACUCAGGUGUCACUUUGGAAGGACCCAAGGAUCUUCCUCCACAGCUAGACUUAAACGGACGUGAAAGAGGUUCAGGGAGCGCAAACAGUUUGGGUUCGAGCACUACAAAACCGAAAUCUCCAUGGAUGCCUUUCCCUACUCUAUUUGCAGCGAUCUCACAUAUGAUUGCAGAGAAGGACAUGUCUUUCAUUAAUGCUGACUACCAACAACUGCGGGAAAAGAAGAUAACGCGAGGAGAGUUUGUGAGGAAGCUGCGAGGGAUUGUAGGAGAUGAACUGCUUAGGUCCACCAUAACAGCUCUUCAAAACCAGCCAAAGUUGAAGAAGGAGAUUCCUGGAAGCCACGAGGAAGGUGCAGGUGAGGUGGGUUGUAAAAGUAACGUGGGAAUGUGAUAAUGACGACGAAUAUCAUAAGGAAGCUGCUUUUUAUCUAUCUAUCCACCCUUGCCUUUGUGGUUCUCCUUUUGAGUUUUAUAAUAUAAAAUCUUAAAGAGUAUAUUAGUAGUAGACUUUUGGGUCUGGGUCGGGGGUAAGAGUUGUUGAAUGUGCCGACUAUUCUGUCGUGGAAAAAAUCCUUUUUAAAAGUCUGUUGAUGACGUUGGGUCUUUUGCUUUUAUUAGCUGCAAAACAUUGUUAUGGAAGUCGUUGAACCUUGACGAAAACUUGGUCCUUGAGUAUAUCGUGAAACUUUAACUA